AUGACCAACAAGUCGGCAUUAAAGAAUCAAUUUUGCGAAUUGACAGGCACAUCAACCACAACCGCAGGAAGAUACUUGGACGCAAGCAAGUAUAACUUGGAACAAGCAGUUGAUGCCUAUUUUGAAAAACACUCAUCGAAGUCAACAAAUCCCAAAUCAAAUGGCAAAUCAGCAACUUCGACUACUUCUAACACCAAUAAGAAUUUGAUUGCCAUAUUUGAAAAGUACAAAGAUGCCAAUAACCCCGACGUAAUAGACAUAGAUGGCACAUUGAAGUACCUUGAAGAUUUAAAAAUUGAUCCUGAGGAUCCUAAAUCUUUGACAUUGGCUUUCCUACUAAAGGCGCCGCUGGUUGGUGUGUUUGAAAAGAACAAGUUUUUAACCACUUGGCAACAUUACAACAUCCACGAUAUUGCCAAAAUGUCGCUGUUUUUGAACAAAUUUCAUGAUGACGUGCUUCAUAAUAAGGGAAUAUACAAUGAUAUUGAAACUGAUGAAGUUGUUGAUUUUAAACACUUGUAUGAUUUUGCAUUUGGGUUUUUAAAGGAGUCGGAAAAUCAAAAAGUUUUGGAUAUUGACUUAGCAAUUUCGUAUUGGAAGUUAUUACUACCUUUAAUAACGUCAGUUUAUCUUGCCAAGAACGAGUCCACCACUGAAACUGAUACGGCGAACCAGGUUGAAGAACGAGUCCAAAAUUGGUAUGAUUUCUUAACCACUAGCAACCCAAGACCCGUAAUCACUUUCGACACCUGGUCCAUGUUUUAUUUAUUCUUUUUGGAAGUAAUUCUUCCUGAUCCUCGCAAGCUUUCCAAUUAUGAUGAAAUGGCAGCUUGGCCAAGUAAGAUGGAUGAGUAUGUAGAGUAUUUGUCGGAUAAUAGUUUAAUAUAA